UAUCAUCAUCGGCGGCGGCGGCGGCGGCGGCGGCGGUACGACGACCUGCCAGAAAGAAGAGAGAGAGAUACGACGACACCUGCUUGCCAACGGGGAAGCGGACGACGGUAAACGCGCGUGUAUAUGCGUAUAUACGAGUACGCACGCACGCACGCACGCAUAAAACGUCGUUACGUGCUCGAAAAAAAACCGUGUGGAAAAACGUACCCUACAUACACGGCCAUAACUCAAACAACAGAGAGAUGAAGUGAUAACACAGUCGAAAAUCUCGCAAGAGAGAGAGAGAGAGAGAAACAGGAGAGAACCUGCACCGCGAUCAUCGCGAGAGAGCCGCUUUUUUGCAAAUCGCAGAAGCGCGCAAAGAAGCUUUGCUCCUCCAAAAGGAGGAGGGACGACAAGGAAAGAGACGAAGAGGAGAAACGAAACGAGGUGAGGAGGUGGUGAUCUGAUCUGAUCUGAAUCGAGUCUAGUCCGAUUCACACACAGUUGUCGUUGGAGUGUACCCGCGCGAUCUUAUCGCGGGUUACACUCUCGUCGAGUCUCGCCGUGUCUCUCAGCGGCAGCGGAGCUAAGAGAAACACGAGCGACGAUAAGAAGAACACGAGAAGGAGCGGCCAGAAACGGAGAAACGGAAGUGUGGGCAGUGCGUUGCUGCGUGCGAGAAGAAACGUAGACAAGAAAACGUAGGCAAAGCAAGGCAGCAGCGACGAGCGGAGAGCGAGGAGUUGAGGCUUGGCGCUCGGAGGAGGACCACCGGUCACUCGGUGAGAUGAGUGCCAAAACUGACGUGAACAGACGAGUACUUGCGAUCCAAGCGAAGAAGAAACGGCACAAGCCAAGCAAGCGUAAGGGCAAGGCGAGCAAUUCACAGGGCGAGCAAGACGCGCAGAGUUCCAAAGGACAGCGGACCGGCCAGGCGACGACGACGACGACGACGACGACGGCAACGGCAACAACGGCUGCCACCGCUACCGCCGUCUCCAACAACCCCAACAACACCUACGAGUAUCCGGACUUAACCCCCAUGCAGCGCUCGUAUGCGCGUGCGACCAGUUCCAGCAAUGAAACGAUAGAAGAUGACGACGAGGUGUUCAGCAGCGAGGAGGAGGAGCAGGAGGACAGCAGCGACUAUUGUAAAGGCGGAUAUCAUCCGGUGAAAAUAGGAGAUCUCUUUUUAAAUCGUUAUCAUGUCACCCGCAAGCUUGGAUGGGGUCAUUUCUCCACCGUGUGGCUUUGUUGGGAUUUGCAGGAUAAACGUUUUGUGGCACUCAAAGUUGUAAAAUCCGCCUCUCAUUUCACUGAGACUGCAUUGGAUGAAAUUAAAUUAUUAAAAGAAGUGCGCGAUACGGAUCCUAGUGAUCCUAAGCGCAAUAAGACCGUCCAGUUGCUCAAUGACUUCAAGAUCAGCGGCAUUAACGGCCUGCAUGUUUGCAUGGUGUUUGAAGUACUCGGACAUAAUCUUCUUAAAUUAAUUAUCAAGUCAAAUUACAGAGGAAUUCCGAGAAAUAACGUUAAACGAAUCAUCAGACAAGUCCUUGAAGGUCUCGAUUAUCUCCAUAAUAAAUGUAAAAUUAUUCAUACCGACAUUAAACCCGAAAAUGUUCUCGUGUGCGUCGACGAGAUUUAUAUACGAAAAUUAGCUUGCGAAGCGACAGAAUUACAUUCUAUGGGAGCAAAGUUGCCAGUAUCCCUGAUUUCCACCGCGCCGAAAGAGUUUCAAGAACCAACGCCGAAUUCUAAAAUGUCCAAGAACAAGAAGAAAAAAUUGAAGAAGAAGGCCAAGCGUCAGAACGAACUUUUGAGGAAACAGAUGGAACAGAUCGAGGAGUUGGAGGAGCAAAAUAAGCUCGCGAACAGCACGAGAGAGAACGGGGAAAUCGAAACAAACAGUUUGGAUCAAGAUCUCAACACCGAGAGCAUAGAGGAUAACACGGAGAGCAAGGGCUCGCCCGACAUCUCGGAACCGUCCGCCACUUCCUUGCACAUGAACGGAGUAGAUGGUCUGGCUGGUGGUGAAAAAAUGCAGAAUCCAUCACCCGAACAGUCGGAAAAAAUGGACAACGUGAGUCUGUGCGACGUGGAAAAGAGUUGCGGCGAAGGAAUAUUGCCGCCUGAUCCUGAUGACACUGAUGAAUGUAGCGAAGGUCGUAGAUCGUUAAAUCCGCCUGAAAGCAAGCAACUUAAACGGGCGUCCACGUCACCUCUAGAUCCUGCCAUAAUAGAGUGUGAGGUUGAUGUAAAGAUAGCGGAUCUCGGUAACGCCUGUUGGGUCCACAAGAAAUUCACGGACGAUAUCCAAACGCGUCAAUACAGGUCGCUCGAAGUUCUGUUGGGUUCCGGAUACGACACCUCUGCCGAUAUAUGGUCCACCGCUUGUAUGGCGUUCGAACUAGCGACCGGUGAUUAUCUGUUUGAACCGCACAGUGGUAAAGAUUACUGCAGAGACGAGGAUCAUCUGGCUCAUAUUAUUGAAUUGCUGGGAGAGAUACCAAAACGUAUUGCUCUCUCGGGAAAAAAUUCCAAGAUGUACUUCAACAAGAAGGGCGAACUUAAGCAUAUUACAGGAUUGAAACCGUGGGGUUUGUACGAGGUGCUGACAGAAAAGUACGACUGGACGCCGAGCGAAGCGCGCGAAUUCGCAGAGUUCCUAACACCGAUGCUCGAAUUCAAUCCGAGCACGCGAGCCACCGCAGCCGAGUGCCUGAAGCAUCCGUGGCUGCAAAUCAAAAAGUGAUCGCGCUUUUUUAUUGUUUCAUUAGUAAUGUUCCCCUCAACUCUCAUCCCGAUUCCGCAGCCCAAUUGUGACGAUCAUAAAUCGAGAGUGUGAUAGGAAGCCGAAUAGCACCAGGUGCGUUUAUUUCUGUACUGAAAAUCGCAAUUCUCAAUUCACGUAUGAAAGGCAAGUGCAUCGUUUGAAAAAAAAAAAAAAAAAAAAAAAAAAAAAAAAAAA